AUGACCAAUGAAGAAAAAAGGGACCGAAAAUGGCUUGCGUAUUCGAAAUCUGCCGGUAAAGAUUUUUGUAAACUAUUUGCAUCUCGUUCAAACAAGCUGUCAAGUGAUGGACUCUGUGAUUGGGUUCAUUUAGGAAAUCGGCUUCAAGAGUAUGAACAAUCAUUUAACCACACUGAGUGUACAAAAACGGUUAGAAUAUAUGAUACAGUAGACACAAAAAGUGCUAUUGAUCGAACUGACCUUGAACUGCUGGAAAAAGAGAUGGAGAAUUUGCGUCAGCGUCUAAAGAGAAUUAUAAUCGCCGUCAGGUACGUCGCUCAGCAUAAGAUGUCCGUAAGAGGAACCAGCGACAAGCUCUACCGAAAUAAUAAUGGUAAUUUUCUUGGUUUGAUUGAAAUGAUAGCAGAAUUUAACCCUGCUUUGCAGGAACAUUUACGACGGGUAAAAACUCAAGAAAUUCAUGACCAUUAG